GUUUUUGAUUAAGAUUAAUGCACUGUCGACUGCCCCUAUUUUUAGUCAUUGUCCACUGAGGAGGCCAUCAAUCCUUUAUACUGUGUGUGCAGGACUGCAUCACUCCAUCCCUUCGAGCGCGCAACCGGUCCCACGCCUCUCAUUCAUACUAGUAGCCUCUCUUGUGACUGGCUCAGUAUCGUAACAUCCACCACCAUGCCUCAUUUCAUUGAUGAGAAAUCUGAGGCGGGCCCACGUACCCCAAGGAAGCUUGUUCUUUGUUUCGAUGGCACUGGCAACGUGUUCAACGGAAACACUUCAGACACCAACAUCGUCAAAUUGUACGACAAGCUUGACAGAAGGGAAGCCACACAAUACCAUUAUUAUCAAACCGGCAUUGGCACAUACCACACCGACGGAGGCCCUAUCAACAAGGGUUUCUUUGGAAACAUUAAGUCAAAUAUCUCCAAAGCUAUAGACAGUGGCUUUGCCACAACCUUCGAUGCCCAUGUUAUCGCAGGCUACCGCUUUGUCAUGCGGUACUACCGUGAGGGAGAUAAGAUCUACAUCUUCGGCUUCUCGAGAGGUGCCUUCACCGCUCGCUUUCUUGCCCGCAUGAUAUACAGAGUCGGCCUGCUCUCGGAGGGCAAUGAAGAGAUGAUCCCUUUUGCUUACGAUUUGUACCAUCAGUAUGUUAAGGGAAAUAUCGAUGCACCCGAGCAAGAGGGAAAAGAUUCUCCACCCGCCACAGGCAUCGAGACUGACCCCCUCCUUCACCAUGACGCAUGCGCGGACGAAUGUUCAGAACCCGAUCAGCAGCAGAUCAACAAAAACAAGCUCAAUGCUUUCAAGACAACCUUUUGCCGUUCAGAAGGCGAUGGUAAUCAGGGCAUCAAGGUGCAUUUCCUAGGCAUGUUUGACUGCGUCAGCAGCGUCUCAGUCCUUGACAGCCCCUUUGGCACGGCACCAAAAGCCGUCUCGAUUCUCGGGACUGCCCAUCACGUUCGCCACGCUGUCGCCGUUGACGAGCAUCGCGUCAAGUUCAAAGCGGCUCUACUCCACCAAGACAACAACCAUCCUCUCAAGAAAGAAGAAGACAUCAAAGAAGUCUGGUUCCCUGGCAAUCACGGCGACGUUGGUGGAGGAUGGCCAGCCCCGCCACCUCCGACGGACCCCAUGGCCAAGCAUGAGAGAAGCUGGUGGCGCAAAAUCUUCACAAGCUCGAAGGAAACAAAAGCCUCAAACCCAGGCACAGAUCCGUAUCAAAUGAGCGAUAUACCUCUCGCUUGGAUGAUCCGUGAGUUGGAGCUGAUAGGCGAGAAGGACCCAGCAUCGGCGCUCAAAUGGGGCCCAAGAAAGGAUGGCUUCAAGAGGCAUUUCUUCAUGAAGCGUGACCAAGCGUAUAAUAGCCCAAGUCAUGACACCCUCAAGAUAUCCGGCGGCUCCUCGCUGUUCAAAGUCAUGUUGUGGAAUUUCAUGGGUAAGUCUUACGUGCAUACAUGCCCCCUAACAUCGAAGACAACGUAUCGCUAACAGAUACAAACAGAAUGGCUACCCAUCCGGCGCUGGGAAUUGCUCAAGAACAAG